AUGUACUAUAACAAGUUCUCCUUUAGGGUGACGCUGAACGACACAUCCAAGGGUGCUGUGCCCUUGGACCAGAUCGUGAUCUCGUACUGGUUCAACGGGCCCGAGGACAUGCCGGACCAGGACGUCUCAGAGGACGCCUCGGCUGAUCUUGCCAUGGUGCAAUUCCGCCUGACCUGUAGCGACGCGUCGCCGGCCGUGGGCUGUGACAGCCUAAUGUGGAACGUCACCCCCCGCCUCCCCGGCGUCUUCGGCGCCCGUUUCCGCCUCAACAUGUGGGCCGCCCCCGGCGCUGGCACCCUCGUCGCGCCCGGCAACGGCCCCGAGGGCGGCAACGCCCGCGCACCGCAGCUCACAGGGUUCCAGGCGACCGUUAGCGUUGAGCCGCGGCGCUUGUUCACAAAGAUGAAUUCGACCAAAGAUUACAGCUGGCUCGAGGCGCGACACCUGCCGGGUGCGCCGGCAGCGGGCAACGACAGUGGCGACGGCGGUAGCAGCGGGGCUGGCGGUGGCACGGCGGGGCGAGGCAGUGACGGGACGGACGCCGCUGCCGUACCGCGGGCCAACCCCCGCAUGCCUGCCUUCCUGUCCGGCGCCCUCGCAUGGGGCACGCCCCCUAAGGCCGCCCCGACGCCGCCUGGCGCGGCCGAGGCCGCCGUCGCGCAACAGCAGCAGCCACAGAGCGCGGGCGGAGGCGGCGGCGCGGGGGACGGGCAGCUGCCGCCCGGGUCGUACUGCCGGCCGACGCCAGCUGGCGAGGGAAGGGUCUGCGGCGUAUCGAUGACAUACUGCUGCUUUGGGACGGCACCGCUGGCAGGAACAAUCCCGCAGGACUGGCCUAAACGGCUGUUUGUGGACGACGCCGCGGCGCUAAACUCCAGCGACCUGGAUGCAAUGAGCGUCCUGCUGCCCGCCGAUCCGACCGCCGGCACGGACAGAGGUGGCCACAGCGGCGCGCCAUUGCCGCUGCCGCCGCCGCAGCAGCAGCAACAGCAGCAGGGUGGCGCAGUGGGCGGGCCGCCGCCAGGCGCGAGCGCGGCGAGCGGCGCGCCGCUCAGCGCUGGCGGCGCUGGGCCGGGCAACGGCGGCGGCGGCAGCAGCAGAGGCGGCGUCGGGCCGAUGCCGACUUCUGCAGCGGUAGCCGUGGGCGCAGCGCUUCCCCUUACCGUCCUGGCCAUCGCCUCUGGCGUGCUGUUCGUUCUCCGCCGGCGCCGGCGUCGCAGGCGCGACAGCCAGUAUGAAAAGCAGCUGCUGCAGAAGAAGUCCAGCCGCCCUCACAGCCACGGAGAUGUGGAGUGGGGCCCCUCCGGCGGCGCCGACGGCGCCGGCAGCAGCCGCCAGCCCUUCAAUCUCAAAUCCGACGUUCUUCCCCCGCUGCCGCCGCGCGCGCCACCCGCGGUCGGGCCGCAGAUUGCUCGCACCCUCAGCAACGGCGCCAGCUGGCUGGCAAACCUCCUCGGCGUCUCCCCGACUGCCGUAUCCGCCAUGCCGCCCGCUCACCUGCUACCGCUCAUGCACGCGGGUCCGCCGGCUGGCGCUGGCGCCAUCGCCGAGGCCGCCGCGGGCCAAGGCGCUGGCGGCGCUGCGCCGACGGGGGUUUCGGCAGUUUCGGAGCGGGUCGGCGGCGCAAAUGUGCCGAGCACGACUGAGGAGACCGGGCUGGAAGCUUCCAGGGCAGUCCCUGCAAAAUUCCACACUCUUCCUGCCUGGUUCGGCGGCUCUGGCAGCCGCGGCAGCAGCGGCAGCAGCGCCGGCUGGCGCCGUGGCACGAAGGCCGCCACCGCGGCCUGCAGGUGCCGCGCGGGUUCGUCAGCAGCAGAGACGGCCGCGGCGGGGGCGUGCGUGCAGGACCGCGGGGCGGCGAGCUCGAGGGCGGAUGAUAUGGUGGCAAACAGGUGGGGGCCCGGCACCGCCUGA